AUGUACUUCUUCCUCUCCAACCUGUCCUUUGUGGACAUCUGUUUCACCUCCACCACCAUCCCCAAGAUGCUGGUGAACAUCCAGACGCAGAGCAAAGUCAUAACCUAUGAAGGCUGCAUCACCCAGAUGUAUUUUUUUCUACUCUUUGGAGUGUUGGAUAACUUCCUCCUGACUGUGAUGGCCUAUGACCGCUUUGUGGCCAUCUGUCACCCCCUGCACUACACGGUCAUCAUGCACCCCCGACUCUGUGGGCUGCUAGUUCUGGUGUCCUGGAUCAUGAGCGCCCUGUAUUCUUUGUUACAAAGCUUAAUGACGUUGCAACUAUCCUUCCAUACACUCUUGCACAUUCCACACUUUUUCUGUGAACUCAAUCAGAUGGUCCAACUUGCCUGCUCUGACAACUUUCUUAACAACUUGGUGAUGUAUUUUGCAGCUGUGCUGCUGGCUGGUGGUCCCCUGGCUGGGAUCCUUUGCUCUUAUGCUAAGAUAGUUUCCUCCAUACGUGCAAUGUCAUCAGCUCAAGGGAAGCAUAAAGCAUUUUCUACCUGUGCAUCUCACCUCUCAGUUGUCUUUUUAUUUUAUUGUACAAUCAUAGGAGUGUACCUCAGCUCUGCUGUGACCCACAGCUCACAGUCAAGUGCAAUAAGCUCUGUGAUGUACACUUUGGUUACGCCGAUGCUAAACCCCUUCAUCUACAGUCUCAGGAACAAUGACAUAAAAGGAGCUCUGAAAAGCCUCUUUGGGAUGGCAGGAAUAAAAAUAACAGAGUGAUCAUGAAUGCUGUCUUCAAACAUCAAAAGACAUGACAAAAGUUUAAAAAGAGGAGAUUAUUAUCAUUGUCCUCAGUUUUGUUUGCCUUGAAUGUUGUAUGACUUAGCUAAUGCUGCAUAACAAGCUGUCCUAAAUACUAUGUUUUCUUUAAUGCAUUUGUAAAUGGGUUAUAUGAUAGGAGUUGACUACUCUCUGGUCACAUACUCAUAAGUCUGCAUCAGCUAGAAGUCUACAUUAUGUUUCUAUAGGUCAUCUAUGAUGUUGUGUGAGGCUGUA